AUAAUGUUGGACUCAUUAGUAAACAUCAGCGCUAUGGAUUCUACUUGUGAAACUGGUAUGCUUAUUGACUCACUUUGUGCAGGUGCACUGAUUAUAGAGGCUGGGGCUAGUGGAGACCUAAAGAAACUUAAAGAGAUUAGGAGGAAGGUUAAUGAUGAGUUCGAGUUUAGGAGGAUAUGUGAAGGAUACAGUGACUUCUCCGCUGGCCGCAAUGUGUUGCAUCACGCGGCUCAUUUCGGACAUUUUCAUGUUUGCAAAUUCUUGAUUCAGACUCUCCAUGUUUAUAUCGAUCCCCUCACUUAUAAUAUGGAUACUCCUCUGCUAGAAGCUGCCAAAGAAGGACAUGUCAAAAUUGUCGAGUAUCUUAUCAGGCAAGGUGCCGGAGUUAGUGAGGCGAAUUUAAAGGGAACCACUGCCUUGCAUUACGCAAUUCUAAACGGAAACAAGGAGCUUAUGGAGCUGGUGGUGGCAAAAGGUAUCCGCGUAGAUGCUGAUUCUAGGGACGGAACAUCUUUGCAAAUUGCUUCAUCUCGUGGAGAUGUCUGGGCUGUGAAGUUUCUAUUGUCUCGCGACGCCAAGCCGGAUUUAUGUUUUUUGGUUCCGGAGCCCCCUCUCGUAUGUGCAGUAACGGCUCGCUCAUUCGAAUGCUUGGAAUUGCUGCUUAAGGCUAAGGCUGACCCGAACAAGUAUUUCUCCGGGUUCGGUCCGUUAUCGUACGCAGCAAGAGAAGCCGACACGAGAUUUCUCAAGGCCUUGCUCGAAGCUGAUGCAGACCCAGAUGAACCCAAAAUAGGCCAUGUGAAAGUUAUCGAGGAUGCUGCGUUGUCGAAGAACCUUAAAGCCCUCGAGAUUUUGUUACCAGUGACUACAGUGCUGAAGCAUUAUCCAGAAUGGACCGUUGACGGCAUAAUGGAGUACUGUCAUUCCAAACAAGCUCAAGCAGAGAGAGAUGACGACAAGGACGCCUGCUUGGUUGCACUAAGCAAGGGGGCAGGGAUAUGUAUCAGCAUUAAGAAAUACAGCAAUGCUAUCACACAUUUUAAAACAGCUCAUCGCCUCGAUCCAUAUAACCCGAAGUGGCUGUCGAACCAGAGCCUGUGCCACGCGCGUGAGGAUAGGUGCACGCUUACUCUGCACAGUGCUAAUGAGUGCGUUAGGCUCUCGCCACGGUUCCCCUCGCCUUACCCUGGAGACGCCCGUGCGGCGGCUAAGAUAAUCUAUAGAUUCUUCAUAGCUGGGAUUGCCUUCAUGUUGGAGCCUGGGGACAAGCACAAAGAUGAUAAAUUUAGACUUGCUUUCUAUGAUUACUUUGCUUUGAUGUAUCUGAUGAGCACCCCAGAGGAGAUUGCCAGGUUCACCACAGUGGCCUCAAAAUCAUAGAAAAAAUCACACAAUUUUAUUCAUAUUCCAUUGGAAAUAUUGUUAUUGGAUGGUAAAUACAUGAGAUAAGUAAGGAUUGUAUCAUGAUAAAGAAAAUUGUUUGGUUGGAAUGAUAAUUUCGAUACCUGUAUUUGCUAAUUUACUAAAA